GCGAUCAUCGAGGGUUAAUGUCAGCAAUAUAGAGGUUGUCGGUUAAAGAAAAAAAAAAAAAACCUUUGUCGGUUUUCUCUGAGCUUGCUGGCCGGGAUCGGAUGCAUACCGGUAAGUAGGGUCCUCUGAGAAUUUGGCGGGAAAAAAAAUACUGCAGUGAUUGGGGCUGGUUUGGCGGGAAGAGUUAGUGAUUGGGAUCGGUGAGUAGUCGUCGGUAUUGGAAGAAGGAUUGUGUGCGAUUACGGGCCACGUGUGCAGCACAGUUGUCAGGCAGGAAGGAUGGCCGCGUUUGCGGCGGUCAAUGGAGCGACGACGGCUGGUCUCGAUCCCGACGUCGGUCGAUUGUGCGCGUUAUGUAGCGGUGCCACGUGUCGGUCGGACAGAAGCGGCAGUUUUUUCCCUGCAAGGAGGCGCAGCGGAAGCGGGAACAGCGCCGGCGGCGGCGGCAAACGACAGACCUCCACAAAUGCUUCGUCUCUUGGGAGAAGGGAGGGGGUGAUUCUUAACUCCCCCUUUUUGCGUCGGGGCGGCUUGAAGAAUGGGGACGGCACUUCUCCUGCGGCUCUCCUCUCCUCAAUUCUGCUGACGUGGCAAUGCCGUAGUCGUCGUGGGAGCCUCACAAAAUUGGCGGGAAACGACAAAAGGAUGAUGAUGACGGAGUCUUCUCCCGUCAGAUCAGCCUCACAAAAUUGGCGGGAAGAGACGAAGGGAUCCACCUCUGAAACUUGGCGGGAAGAGACAAGGGGGUCAACCUCACAAACGGUCAGCAAGAGGGGGGAGGAGGUGAAAUGUGGAUGCGGAGUGGAAAAAAUUGGCGGGAACGACAGGGAAUCUGGGCAAUUGCGAUCAGGACACGUGUCAAGAAGAACACAGGAGGAAGAUUCUCCGUCCCGCCAAUCUACUACUUACGAGCAGCGCGGGAAAUUAACGCGGGAAAGAGAGAGAGCAGAGAGCGGGGAAGCAACGGAGGACCGGCGAGGGGAAGUAGCCACUAGCAAUGCUGCCACGUGGCGUGUGCUCAACGGUGGUGAUGACACGUGGCGCCCUCGCCGGACGAUUUCCUUCCAUCGGAGAUUGGAUAGAGCUACCCCUGCAGCUUUGGCGUCGAUCUCUUCGUCCAUCUCUUCUUCUUCGCCCGUUGAGGAAUUGGCGGGAAGAGAGGAGAACGACGAGGUGAUGAACGUUCGGAGAUCAUUCGAAGAGUGGUGCAUGAGAGAGCUGGAAAUGGCCAAAAGAGAGGGGAACCGGAAGAGAGAAAGGGCGAUCAGCGAGAAGAGGGCAGCGAUGAUGCGCGCGAGGAUCGACAGCUGGUUUAGGAAACUUAGGGGGCGAGUGAAGCCGGGAGAGGUGGAAAAUCCAAUACCGGAUAAUGCUAUCACUUUCGCCCAAUUUAAGGAACUGCUCAGGCUGCAGGCCGUCAAUCACAUUCAGUAUGGCGAUCAGGGACGGAAGCUCGCAGUGAUUCUGCCAUAUGCGAACAAGGAAGGAUCAAGGAGUGGCAAGCAGCCAGUAGAGUUCCAUCGGCAUGAGGUAAAGCCAGUUCCUGCGGAUGGGUGGAGUGAUAUCUGGCAAGAUCUGCACCGACAGGUGGCGCACAUAGAGGUGAUCCCUCCUCCAUCUCCAUUCCAGCCGUUCACGCAUCUGUCAAAGAUGUAUCUGGCCAUCGUGCCAGGCACAUGGCUUGCAUGGAGGUUGCUGGCGUGGGCAUUGCCGCAGCCAGUCCAGAAAGAAGGUCCGCACAUGAGACAGUUGGAGCUAUGGGAGAGAAAAGAGCGAAGGUGGAGGCGCCAGUCUCGAACUCUGGAGCUGUUCGACACAGAAGCCAAGCCCCAGCAAGAUUCCACAAGUGCUAUCAAUGUAAUUGGAAAGGCAAGGAAUGAAGCUGCAAUUUUGCAAGUUCGAUACAAUUCUGACUAUGUUUCCGGCCGGGAGCUUAAUGAGGCUUAUGAGAAGCAAAACCCCAACUACUACGCAGAAAAGGAAGUUGACACGGGAGAGGAGACUCUCACGAAGGUCGCUUACCGAGAAGCAGCAAUCUGUGUCUUGGAAUGCUACUUCCCCGAGACGAAGCAGUACCUACUCAAGACUGAUGUCAAUGGCAGAGCGCAAUUCCCAAACACUCAGUUUGGCUACAAAACUUCGCGGACGACCAAGGUUGUGCGACCUGAAGAAGGGACCGGAGUAACCUUUGAUGACGUGGCAGGCAUUGAUUAUGUGAAAACGGAACUAAUGCAAAUUGUGGAAAUGCUGAAGUCUGACGAUAACGAGUACACACAGCUUGGAUUGUACUGUCCAAAGGGUGUUCUGCUGUGGGGACCACCAGAACGGUUGAUGGAGACGUUGGAGCUGACUGGAGACGAGAUCCGACAGAUCUUCGACGAGUCACCUCGGAUCCCUCAGGAGCCAGUCCCACCAGUGAAUGAACAGGAGGUACUUCUCUACACUGGGAGAUGGGGUAUACACGGGGUUAGCUUACCAGGACGCGUGACAUUCAGCCCUGGAAAUUGUGGUUAUGCUACCUUUGGUGCCCCUCGACCACAUCAGGUGCGUGUUGUCUCCGACACUGUCUGGGACUAUUUGAAGGCAAGAAGUGAAUCAGUUGUGGCGAAAAGGGCUGAGCUUGCCGAAGAAGACAAGAGGGCAGAAGAGCUUGAAAUCCAACAUGACAACCGUAAGCAAUCUCUGCUGGAGUUCUUAGCCGUGUAAUUUCAUGAUGACCUCCAUGCCAUGUCAAACACACACGCACUCUCAGGCCUCCCCCUGCCCCCGUCUUCGAUGAUGCAUCUGGUCUUCGGGUUGGCUCAGAUACCUUGUGGGUGUGUCUUGCACACCAGCUGCCACAAUGCGUCCCUUCCCCAUCUUCAACACCCACGCACUCUCAGGCCUCCCCCUUCCCUCGUCUUCGACGAUGCAUCUGGUCUUCGGGUUGGCUCAGAUACCUUGUGGGUGUGUCUUGCACACCAGCUGCCACAAUGCGUUCCUUCCCCAUCGUCAACACCCACUCACUCUCAGGCCUCCCCUUUCCCCCGUCUUCGAUGAUGCAUCCGGUCUUCGCGUUGGCUCAGAUACCUAGUGGGUGUGUUGUGCACACCAACUGCCACAAUGCGUCCGUUCCCCAUCUUCAACACCCACACACUUUCAGGACUCCCCCUUCUCGUCUUCGAUGAUGCAUCUGGUCUUCGCGUUGGCUCAGAUACCUUGUGGGUGUGUCUUGCACACCGACUGCCACAAUGCGUCCCUUUCCCCCAUCUUCGUCAAACUUUGGUCUUUAUGGUGACAGUAGCUACUUAUCCUCUGCUUGAGCCACUGAAGUGACUUAAGCUACUGUAGUGACUCAACUGACUCACAAGUGACUCACAAGUGACUCACAAGUGACUCAACUGACUCACAAGUGGCUCAAGUGAGUCACUACAAGUGACUCAAGUGACUCAAGUUACUCAAGUGACUCAAGUGACUCAAGUGAAUUGAGGAAUGACGUUGUUAAGUUCUUUUGUGGUCGUGAUCUAGACAGUGUGAGGGGAAACAAGGGUAGGAUGUUGUGGCUACAGUAGCAGAGAAUUUUGCAGGUAACUCAGUUGGUUAGAGCAAAGGACUGAAAAUCCUUGUGUCAGUGGUUUGUAUCCACGGUGGCAGAGAAUUUCGUACAAGUUGCAACUUUUCGACAUGCGUUUGGGAGAGAAAAGAGGGAUAGAGUUGUUUGAGAGAAUGUUGAGAUGUAUGUGCGUCUGUGGAGAUGUGGGACUAUUUUGUCGUUUUUGUUUUUUUUUUGGUUUCACGUAUGACAUGCUUGCGUUGAUUUGCUUAGUGUUAGAGCGUCUUUUAGAGGAGAGUUCACACUCUGCGUUUUUUUUUGUAUUUGCUUGUGAGGAAUGAAGGGCGUUUAAAAAUAUAGAACACCGUUCUUCUGUUUAGAUCCACUGUGCGUUUUUUUUUUUUUUUUAAUUCGAACUUCGAAGAUAGGCAAUGACAUGGAGGCGUAGGUAGAGUUCAUCUGUAUCGUAGAAAAAGCGUCGUUGUGCGCCGUAAAUUUCUUUUUUUUCAUUAGCAUAAUUUUGAAACUGAGAGACGUGGUGAGUACUAUGAAGGUAUUACAUUUAUUUCAUUGAUUCAAUUUGCAAAUUUCAAACACAAGGGUUGAAGUCCAAGUUUAAAUGUC